GUCCUGGGCGGUUCGGCUCAACAGACGCUGGCCUGCCGGCGCUGGGCCGCUACGCUGCGCUUGUUGCGAGUGCUGGGGCUGAGACCAGGCGGCGCGGCAGCUGACUGGGCAGCCGACCGCCGCCCUCUCGCAGUGAGACCGCGGCGGCUGCGUCAGGGUCCCCAGGAGGCGGACCGGGGCGUGAAUGCUCUGGCGGCGCAGCCAGGCCUGCAUGGGCCGGAGGAACCGGAGCUCCGGCGUCGCGAUUCUUACGGAAAUCUGUUAAUUCUACUUUUUGAGCACUAUGAAUAACCACGUAUCUUCAAAGCCAUCUACUAUGAAGCUAAAACAUACCAUCAACCCCAUUCUUUUAUAUUUCAUACAUUUUAUAAUAUCACUUUAUACUAUUUUAACAUACAUUCCAUAUUAUUUUUUGUCUGAUUCAAGACAAGAAAAAUCAAACCAAAUUAAAGCAAAGCCUGUAAAUUCAAAACCUGAGUCUGCAUACAGAUCUGUUAACAGCUUGGAUGGUUUGGCCUCAGUAUUAUACCCGGGAUGUGAUACACUAGAUAAAGUUUUUAUGCACGCAAAAAACAAAUUCAAGGACAAAAGACUCUUGGGAACACGUGAAAUUUUAAAUGAGGAAGAUGAAGUGCAACCAAACGGAAAAAUUUUUAAAAAGGUUAUUCUUGGGAACUAUAAUUGGCUGUCCUUUGAAGAUGUCUUCGUUAGAGCUUUUAAUUUCGGAAAUGGCUUACAGAUAUUGGGUCAGAAACCAAAGACCAACAUUGCCAUCUUCUGUGAAACCAGGGCUGAAUGGAUGAUUGCUGCACAGGCCUGCUUCAUGUAUAAUUUUCAGCUUGUUACGUUGUAUGCUACUCUAGGGGGUCCAGCGAUUGUUCAUGGAUUAAAUGAAACAGAGGUGACAAACAUCAUUACUAGUAAAGAACUCUUACAAACAAAGUUGAAGGAUAUAGUUUCUCUAGUCCCAUGCCUGCGACACGUCAUCACCGUGGACGGUAAGCCGCCGGCCUGGUCUGAGUUCCCCAAGGGCGUCGUCGUGCACACCAUGGCAGCAGUGCAGGCGCUGGGAGCCAAGGCCAGCGCGGAAAACAAACCUCAUAGCAAACCAGUGCCCUCAGAUAUUGCAGUAAUCAUGUACACAAGUGGAUCCACAGGACUUCCAAAGGGGGUCAUGAUCUCCCAUAGUAACCUUAUUGCUGGUAUAACUGGGAUGGCGGAAAGGAUUCCAGAACUGGGGGAGAAAGAUGUUUACAUCGGAUAUCUGCCUCUGGCCCAUGUGUUAGAAUUAAGUGCCGAGCUUGUUUGUCUUUCUCAUGGAUGCUGCAUUGGCUACUCUUCACCACAGACUUUAGCAGAUCAGUCUUCAAAAAUAAAAAAAGGAAGCAAAGGAGAUACAUCCAUAUUGAAACCAACACUGAUGGCAGCUGUCCCGGAAAUCAUGGAUCGGAUCUACAAAAAUGUCAUGAAUAAAGUGAAUGAAAUGAGUAAUUUUCAACGCACUCUGUUUAUUCUUGCCUAUAAUUACAAAAUGGAACAGAUUUCAAAAGGGCAUGGUACUCCGCUGUGUGAUAGCUUUAUUUUCCGGAAAGUUCGGAGCUUGCUAGGUGGAAAUAUUCGGCUUCUCUUGUGUGGAGGUGCUCCACUUUCUGCAACCACACAGAGAUUCAUGAACAUCUGUUUUUGCUGUCCUGUCGGUCAGGGAUAUGGACUCACUGAAUCUUGCGGGGCUGGAACAAUUACAGAAGUGUGGGACUACAAUACUGGCAGAGUGGGAGCACCGUUAGUUUGCUGUGAAAUCAAAUUAAAGAACUGGGAGGAAGGUGGAUACUUUAAUACUGAUAAACCACAUCCUAGGGGUGAAAUUAUUAUUGGUGGCCAAAAUGUGACAAUGGGAUACUACAAAAAUGAAGCAAAAACGAAAGCUGAUUUUUUUGAAGAUGAAAAUGGACAGAGGUGGCUGUGUACUGGAGAUAUCGGAGAGUUUGACCCUGAUGGUUGUUUGAAGAUUAUUGAUCGUAAAAAGGACCUUGUAAAACUACAGGCAGGAGAAUAUGUUUCUCUCGGGAAAGUAGAGGCAGCUUUGAAGAAUCUCUCACUAAUAGAUAACAUUUGUGCAUAUGCAAACAGUUAUCAUUCUUAUGUCAUUGGAUUUGUUGUGCCGAAUCAAAAGGAGCUAACGGAACUAGCACGAAAGAGGGGACUUCGAGGGACCUGGGAGGAGCUGUGUAACAGCUGCGAAAUGGAGAAUGAGGUGCUCAAAGUGCUCUCGGAAGCUGCUGUUUCAGAUAACUAGGAGGAGAAUUGCUGGGCCUCUGCUAACUUGAUGUUGAACCUUUUGAGGAACUACCAGGCUAUUUUCCAGAGCGUAUUUUUCUGAAUAUUUUCCAGACUGUUUUAAAGAAUGGUGGCACCGUUUUACAUUCCCGCGAGUGUUGUGUGAGGGCUCCAGUUUCCCCGCAUCCUUCCCAGCACUCGUUAUUGUUCAUCCUUUCAAUUUUAGCCAUCCUGGUUGGUGUGAAGUGGCCUCUCACUGUGGCUCUGAUUUGUAUUUCAGAUGGUGGUUUAUGAUGUUGAGCAUAUUUUCAUGUACUUAUGGCCAUUGUAUGUCUUCUCUGGAGAAAUCGCUGUUCAGAUUCUUUGCCCGUGUUUUAAGUGGGGUUGUCUUUUUAUUAUUGAGUUGUAUGAGUCUUUAUAUAUUCUAGAUGUAAAUCCAUGAUCAGAUACGUGGUUUGUAAAUAUUUUCUCCCAUCCUGUGGGUUGUGUUUUUACUUUUCUUGAUGGUAUCCUUUGAAUCACCACAGUUUUAAUUUUUAUAAGAUAGUUUAUUUUUUUCUUUUGUUGCUUGUGCUUUUGGUGUCACAUCUGAGAAACCGUUGCCUAAUCCAAGUUACAAAGAAAUAGCCCUUUGUUUUCUUCUAAGAGUUUUAUAGUUUUAGCCCUUAUAUUUGGAUCCUUAAUCCAUUUUGGGUUAAUUUUUAUAUAUGAUGUGAAGAAGGGAUCCAGCUUCAUUUUUAAGCAAAAUCUAUAUUAGGUUUACACCAGAAACAGAAUCAGUAAGUUAAAUAUAUUAAGAAACUUAUUGUAGGGAAUUGGUUUACAUGAUUAUUGGGGGCUGGCUAGACAAACUUGGAAAUCUGUAGGGCAGACUGUUAAAAAAAAAAAAAGGUGGAGUGGAACUCCUGGGCACGAGCCAAAGCCCCUGUCCACAGGCAGAACUGCUGCCUGUUUGGGGUGCCUCGGCUCUGCUCUCAAGGCCUUUCAGCUGACUUAGUCAUAUCUACAAAACCACUUGCAAAGCAACACCUAGAUUAGUGUUUAAUUGAGUAACUGGGAACUCUAGCCUAGCCCAGAUGCUGCAUAAAACUAUCACAGCCCACCCAGUGUCAGCUUGGCACCCAGAUACAUUUCCUUACACCAUAGUUAAUUUCCAAGUAAAGACAGUAACGAAGUCAGACUGUCACCUAACAUUAUACACCUGUUCUGCGUGCAACUGAAGAUACUUUAACCUUUUCCCCAGAAGUGGAUGCAGACCCCUUGACUGAUUUUUUUUUACUCUUCUCCUUUGAUAUCCUGUAACUUAAAUACUGUGAUAUAAAGUGAACUUAUUAAUAUAUUAUGAUAAGAGAAUAGGAGGGAAGAAAACCAAAAUAUUUGCUUAACUUAUAUACAAGCAGAUUCACAACAAAAUAGGGAAGAAAUACUCAUAAUUAUACCUAGAGUCCCCAUUUCUUCACCUGGUCGUUUGGUUGUAGCUGUGUUCAUUUUUCUAAAACCUGGUCUAGAUGAUAUCACUGUACCUAAACUAACGUCAUGUUGAGUCAGGUCGUAGAGUGCGGUGCCGACCGAGCACUUAACAGCUGAACGUGGGCUUCCAGUGCUUGCCUGUGAGUCUCCCCACAUCUCCGUCGUGUCAGACUCCUGUCCCUUAAGAACUGUGGUCCCCGCCUUACUGCUUUUUCUCAUAGUGGUUUUUCCUCUUAGAAACCACUCCUGACAUAUUUUUCAUCUUUGAAGAAUAAAACUUUGUUAUUUCUGUUUCUUUUUACAGGUUAGAGUUAAUAUAUCAUUUUUGUUCCCAAGGCACUUAUACCUUUUAAUUCAGUUCUUUUAAGGUAUAUACAUUAUUAUGGCUAGGUGUUUACCUGUUUCCUGAUAGUAUACCAGUUGAGAGCAGAAACUAUUCAUUUUUGUAUUUUAAAAGAAUGUUUAGUAAAGCACUUUAUACAGUAUUUUUUUCCUGGUAAAUAUUUGUUAAAUGAAUGCUGGAAAAGUAAAUCAGUCUUUUUAAGGAAAGGUGUUUCUUCAAAACUACAUCUCUUUUCCCUGUCUUCCCCCCACCCCGCCCCCCUUCAUGUUUCCACUGUUGAGGACCUGCUUGGUAUCAAGCAGUGCGGGCGGAGCACAGUAGUGAGCAGACGUCCUUCCUCAGAGCUCGUGGCGAAUAUCGUGGCUCAGUGACAAGAUUCUGUGGAAAGUUUGUUAUUUCUUAGUUUCUAAAGUGAUUUUUUAAAAUAAAUUCAAAGAAAACAAGUAGGUGUAAGGUAAAAAGUGACAUUCCCUUUUCCUUAAUCCUGGAUCCUAGCCCCCUAGAGGUAUGUGGUUUAUUUUGGUGUGUAUCCUUGUCGUAUACAUUUAGUUGCAUGUAAGUUUAGUGUUAAAAAACAAAACAAAACAAAACAAAACUUCUUUUAAACCUAACAGUGUAUUGCAGGUAUCUUUAUAUACCCAUACCAGAUAGAUCUAACUCAUUUUUAGUGACUGAAGUGUGUACAUUUUAUGCCUGUAUCAUAAUUUAUCCAACUCCUUCUAUUGAUGGACAUGUGGAUUUUCUCAGCAGUUUUUUGCUAUUGUAAUUCUCAUACAUAAUCUGUUUCUUACUUCUGGUAUUUCUGAGGGGUAGGUUGUUUAGAAGUGAGAUUUAUGAGCUGUUGGCUUUGCAUUUUGUUGAGUGCUCAAAGGCUGAGGAAGUUAAAUUAUUUGCCAAGAAUUUUAAUUGUAUAUUUUUCAUGACCUUGCAUUUACAUUUUUUUUCACCG